AUGUCAGGUGGAUUCAACGUUUUGCUCUUGGGUGCUGGACCCAUCAACUUUGGAACAACCGAAGGUCCAUGGAAUCAUUCAAAGAGAUUGGAACAGAAACUUGGCUCUCGACUUAACGUAGUUGGUCUUGUUGACUUGAACAAAGACCGAGCCAACUCAGUCUUAGCCAUCAAACGGGCCGAUGCAAAUGUCAAACAUGGAUAUGAGAACACAAAGGUAUUCGGAAGUAUCAAAGAAGCUGGAGAAGGAUUGAAAGGUGAUGAUACCCCUCAUCUCGCUAUAUUGGGAUUCCAAGCCAACUCUCGAGGAUCCACUCAACCAAAUCACGAUAACGAACUUGAACUUUUACGAUAUUUCCCCAAAGUGGGAUUGUUCAUCGAAAAGCCCAUUAGUGAUGUAGAGGAUCUCAAGGAGGUCGAAGCCGUUGGAAAGAAAUUGGAGGAAAAUGGCAAUGUCACUUCCGUAGGAUACAUGUUGAGGUAUCUUAAAGGUAUGUCGAGGAAGCUUAUCGACGAAAAUAACUUGACUGUAAUGCAUACUCAAGCUUCGUACUUGUUUGCCUAUGAUUUCGCUGCCAAGGACUUUUAUGGAUAUUGGAGCAAAUCCCGAGAACCAGGACCCAUCGUAACUCAAGCUACCCAUAUCUGCGACUUAACUCGAUACUUUACUCCUCCCGUGUUGCUCGACUCCGUGCAUACCAACACUGUCGAACAUACCGACCCAGCAGGUAAACUUUCGAUUCUGAGAUUCGACGAAGAGAACCUGGUCAAACCUGAAGAUCGAAUUCCUAGGAUCACAAGUUCCACUUGGAGGUAUGAGAAUGGUGCUACGGGAAGUCUCCUACAUGCUGUCGUUCUACACGAGGGUGAUUACGAUUGUGAAUUGAUGAUUCUAGCAGACGGUUGGAAAUUCAGAUUGGUUGAUCCUUAUGGUACUUCACCGAGGUUGUAUGUCAGGAGACCCGGUACGACCGAGGAAGUAAGAACGAUAUUCACAGAUGACGACUGCUACCUGACUGAAAUCGAAGCGAUCAUAGAUGUGAUUGAUGGUAAAUCCGAUAAAUCAGUUAUUCUUUCACCUUAUGAGGAUGCCAUCAAGACUUAUGAAUUUACUUGGGCGAUCAGGUUGGCAGGUGAAAAGUCAUUCAAUGCUAGAGGUGGGUUGACAGGAAAGAAGUAG